GUGCCGAUUCGCUGUGUUGCACUCGUCGCCUGGGAUAACUGAAAACCCUAGUUAUCGCAAGGAAAGGGGCAGUCAUAGCUACAAGUGAGUGAGUGAUUACGGUACUUAUAUGUAGGCGCUGGCGGUCUCUUGCACGCUUUUUCGAUAGUAUUGCUGCCCCGCACACCGUGAUCUUCGCCCUCGUUUUUCCUUCCUUCUACGGUAGCAACCCUGCGGAUUUCGAAAUGCAGUUCUCAUUUACAAUACUACUCGCGGCGGCUGCGGCAGGCGUCGUCGUUGCCGCUCCUGGUCAGGGGUAUUACGACCAGCAGCAUUAUUUGCGGGCCCGAACCACUACGAAUACUGAAACUAUCACUCGCACCCCGCCGGCGAACCGAUAUGGCCCAACUACCGUCCCCGUGCCCGACUAUGUCACCGCUAUAACCAUCACCGCACCAGUUCCCCGUGCCGCGACAGCCUCUCUUGCCGCUGACGGCCCCGGUGGGAUCAUCGCGGAUACCCCUGCACCGGCGGCAUGCAAGCAGCCAUCAGCCGUCGCGAACGGCGGAUUCGAAACCGGGCUCUCUCCAUGGACAUCUUCCGACUCCGCAAACGCAACCAUCUCCGUAUCAACAUCCGCCGCAGUCGCGCGCACCGGCGCCGGCUACAUAUCCGUACGGGCCAGCCGCGCUCCCGCUAGCGCUACAAUAUCGCAGACAAUAUCGGUGUGUCGCGGCACGGAGUACACAUUUUCGUUUUGGGUGCAGAAGUCGGGUGCAGUGGCAGCGUCGGGGUGCACGGCUGUGCUCUCGCUGGAUGGGAUGGCGUUCGCGGUCGUCAUCCCCGGCGUGCAGACUGGCUGGGUGCGAUCCAUAGCGGUGGGAACGUACAUACCAACGACGGACGAGGCGGUGCUGGCUGUAACGGUUAGCUGUAUGGAUGCCGCCGACUCAGCGGAGCUUCUCGUCGACGAUGUCACACUUUCGCUUGCCUAGGAGGUGGGUAGUGGUUGGUUGUAUAUACGAACGGGAGGAAUGCGGGCUGUUGGGGAGCGGCAAGGUGUAUUCCUGUACUAGUAGUGUGCAUUUUGUAUUAUUA